AUGGCCAGCGGAGUGUUGCUCUUGGAUAACAAGGGGCAGCCCAUUAUAGUGCGUGACUACCGAGGAGAGGUGAAGCUCCAGGACGUGCCUGGCCGGUUCUAUGACUUGUUUAUUGACGAGAGUGCCAAGGACGUGGCGCCCAUCUUUUCGGAUAAUGGGAUUACGUAUUGUUGGAUGAAGCAGAACGACGUGUAUGCGGUGGCGGUGUCGCGUGUGCACACGAAUGUGGCAACGACUUUGGUGUUUUUGCGCCGUUUAUGCGAGUUGUUUACGCAGCAUUUGCACCGAUUUGAUGAGGAGUCAUUACGUGACAAUUUUGUAUCCGUGUAUGAGUUGUUGGAUGAGGUGAUCGACAACGGAUUCCCGCAGAUAACCGAGCCGAAAGUGUUGAAGAAAUUCCUAAGUAGUAGUGGUGGUAAAGCUAACACCCCUUUGACGAGUCCCGUCUCAUGGCGACCAGAGGGUAUACGGCACAAGAAGAAUGAAGUCUUUUUGGACGUGGUUGAAAGGAUUGAUUGCUUGGUUUCUGCGAGCAAUAAGAUUCUGCGUUCUGAGAUAAUAGGAAGUUUAAAGAUGAAAUGCUGCCUUACCGGCAUGCCUGAACUUAAGCUAGGCUUGAACGAUAAAAUGGUUGAAUCCAAGACAGUUGAUGGUCAAUCAGUUGUUGGUAUGGGUACGGGGGGAGUAGGUGGUCGAGAGAUGGCCGCUACGGUUGAGUUACACAACAUUCGAUUCCAUCAAUGUGUCCGUUUGAAUAAGUUCGAAGCGGAUCGCACGAUUUCAUUUAUCCCACCCGACGGAGAAUUUGAUCUAAUGACCUAUACCGUACCUAACGAUGACCCCGGAGAUGUUGUAGAUGAAACGCUACUGCCAUUCUGGCUAGAAGUCACACUCGGACCCAGCUAUCUCGACCCUUCCCAAUCGAAAGUUAGCUACUUUAUUAAGCUUAAAAGCUCUUUCAGACCACGCAAAAUCGCUACCAAAGUCGACGUAGUCAUCCCAGCACCCGUCAACGCUAGCUCGCCUUCAUUCAAGUGCUCCAGCGGCACAGUUAAAUACAAGCCUGAAGACUCUGUUUUCGUCUGGUCACUCAAACAUAUGCCCGGUCAGAAAGAACAAAUCCUCUCGGCAACCAUGAACAGACCUACCACCAGUACUAAUGAGGCGGUCACCGACUACUGGUUCAGGAAACCGGCCGAAAUCCAAUUCGAAAUACCCUUCUUUACUAUGAGCAAAAUAAGUGUCAGAUAUCUCAAGAUCUUCGAAUCCACCGGCUAUCAAGCACUACCCUGGGUUCGAUACAUAACCCAAAACGGUAAUUGUCAAUUCCGAAUGUCCUAA